CUUCAGCGUACAUGAUCUACCGGGUGGGCGACGACGAUGGAUGGACCGCCAACGCCCCCGGGAUCGAUUACACCAAGUGGGCAUCCCAGAAGGCCUUCCAAGUCGGGGACAUGCUAGUCUUCGCCUACUCUGGCGCGAAUCACACGGUGCUCCAGACGAGCAGCCAGGACGCAUUCGACGCUUGCAACACCGGGGUGGAGGACGCCAAGAUCUGGUCCGCCGAUGGCUCCUCCUCCUCCAACGUAAUGCUCACCACCCCGGGAAGAACAUACUUCCUCUGCACAGCAGACGACGGCGGCCACUGCCGCGCCGGGAUGAAAUUCGGGAUCGAUGUCACUGGCACCGCCCCCUCCGCUGGAUCCGAUGGCCUCGUCGCUCCAACCGGAUCGCCCCCCGUCGAUAGCUCCUGGAACUCGCCAGGUCCCGUCACCGAUUUCUCGCCGCCCUUCCUCACUCCGGAUCCAUCCAGUUCUUCCUCCACCGGCAGCUCGAUUGCUCCGCCAGGAUCAAUCACCACUCCAUCGGAGAACUCGAAUUCGCCACUCUAUUCUCGCGCCACCCCCACCAGGAUGAUUGGCGAUGGAUUUGCGGUGGUGAUCCUUGUCUUUGCUGCCAUGCUGCUGUGAUCUUGUCAGAUCCAUCGUCUUAAUCGAUGCUGGAUGCGAGUGACUCGGCUCGCUUGAGAUCAAUCUAAACACUUCCAUCGAAUCAAUCGCUCGGCUCUUCAUUGUUCUAAGCGAUGGUGCCGCGAUUCCGGCCGGAUAAGCGCGCGGGGGCGCAAGGAUUUGGAUCCAAAUCUUCCUUGUCUCGACUUGAGCUUGGAACGAUCACGGAGGGCGGCUCUUUUCUGGACGCUGCGAACAUGCCAUGCCCCUCGCUUCGUCAAAUCCGCCGCGACCAGGCUUUAAGAUCGAUCCGUCUAUCUCUCCUGUGUUGCAUUCCAUCUGAGAUCGUGGCGCCAUGGCUGCCCCAGUCCCCGGCCUCGAGCAAAUCCUAGAAGAACCACAGACUUACGACCACGUCCGCCACAAGAUCCAUGGCCUUCGACUCUCCAACGCUCGCGCACUCGCCAGCUCCUCCAGAUCCAGCGCCACCGAGGACGUAGGAACCCUAAUCCCCAAGCUCCCCGACUCGGUAGCGCUCCACUGCCUGGCUAGGGUUCCUCGAUCCGCGCUGCCACUGCUGCGCUGCGUGUGCCGGAGCUGGAAUCGCGCGCUGUCCACCAACACCCGCGACAUCGCGAGCGUGCGCCGCGAGAUUGGCACCGCGGAGCCCUGGAUCUACUUGUCCUUCUCCCCGCGCGGCGAUUGCAUCCAGAGCCAGCGAUCUAGCAACUACUUCACCGCCUUCGAUCCGGGCAGCAACCAGUGGCACAGCGUGGGAUGGCUUCCCGGCCUGGAGCGAUUGGAGGUGCUCAAGGGCUAUGGCUGCGUGGGACUGGGGGGGAAGCUCUACGUUCUUGGAGGAACGCUGUGCAUCAAGGAGAGGGAUUUUGGCGGCGGCUGCCACAGGGAUCUCCGCGUGAGGAGCGAGGUGCUGGCCUACGAUUGCAUCGGCGGGCGGUGGAAGCAGUGCGCGAGCAUGCGCAAGGCGCGAGUGGAUUUCGCGUGUAGCGUCUCCGGCGGGCGGGUUUUCGUGGCGGGCGGGCGCGGGCGGCUGGAUCACGAGAACGCGGCGGCUAUGGCGAGCGCGGAGGUGUACAUCCCGGAGCUGGAUCGAUGGGAGGAGCUCCCAGACAUGAGCAUCACCAGGUACAAAUGCGUCGGCGUGACGCUCAAGGGGAAAUUCUUCGUCAUCGGCGGCUACACGAUCGAGACGCUCCAUCGCAGCUCGGUAGAGAUCUACGACCCCAGCGAGCGGCGGUGGGAGCGGCGGCCAGGGAUGUGGGCGCUCGACAUCCCGCCCUACGAGGUCGUGGAGCUCCAGGGCAAGCUCUACCGAUCCGGCGACCAGCUCAAUCACUGGCGAGGCUCGAUCGAUGUGUACGACGAGCGGCUCAAGAUGUGGAAAACGAUCCGGGGCUCCAACCGGCGGCUCGGGGAGGAUCUCCAGUGCACGGUGCGGCGCUAUGUGACCAUGGCGGGGAUUGAUAGCUAUCUCCUCUUCUUUGGCGGGCAUUGCCGGGUUGGGGAUCGCAGCGGAGAUCACAGGCCCUUUUGCCUCGAGACAGUGGAUGCAUUCCAGGCGCCGGUUGGGCGGUGGUGUGGUCUCGAUCCAUUCCGGAGUAGCUGCCGGGAGCUCUGUAGCUCCUGCUGCGUCGUCACCGCUUGAGGAAGAGCUAGAUCUUCUCUCCUGAUCUGGUAUGCUGAGAUUAUUUUUUUCUCCCUUAGUUCUUUGUUGUCGUGUACAGUAUUCCUUUUCUAGUUGCUUCCUUCGAUUGUUAAGACAUUUAUUUGCUCAACUGUUUAAAACAUAGGUUUCAUUUCUAUUU